UCCUGUCUGGGACAGAGACUUGGGCUGUUCUGUGAUCAGCUGAAGAGCUGCAGACUGUGGACGUGUCACCUGCUGCCACCACACCUGCAUUUAAUAACACGUAAUGACGGUGCAGCCGGUGUGACUGCUUUCUGUCAGAUCACACCAUCCUGAGUCGUGUGUGCUUUUAUUGAAACGUAGCUCUAAAUAAUGCUACGAACAGCCUUCAUGUCGUUUACCAGGCGAGCAGCUGCUGCGCAACCGGUUCGCUUCCCUCCUCGGUUUUUGUCGCAUUGGAUUUAAAGGCGAAGCAGCAGAGUUUGGUUUUAUUGGACUGAAGUUAUAGAUGGUGGCUGCCUGAUCCGAGGCUCUGUGGUGAAUAUGGGAUGUCGCAGGGAAAUGACCGUCACUAACUGGACCUGUGACUGCCGGUGAAUUCAGGAUAGACGCAGCAGAGAAAGGGGGUCGAGACGGUAGGAUGGAUGAAUGAAAGAGACAUUACAAAAUAGAGGGCACAGUGAAGGACAUCUGGGAUUAUUUGUCACAAUACCCACCUCUGCUGGAUCAUGGGUAAUCAGAAUGGAAAAGACAGUCAUGGUUCUUCAGGUUCUCCUUUAGAUUUCUUCCAGACGCCUCCUACCACACCCUCACAGGCAGAGCUGACUGUCAUGGCCUUAUCCUCUGCAGCCUCUUCUGAUAAGGCACAGACUCCAUCACCGACAGACAGCACCACCUCUCCAGUCGCAGACUGGACACAGAAACCGUCGGCUCCCUCGGAAUGGGCUGUAAUCAACGUAGACAGCAUCGCCUCCUCGAAGACAAACAUGAACGAUGCAGCAGGGAGACAUGAAAAGGCUUCGGUCAGUCUUAGCAGUCCAGCAUCACCUCCUCCGUCUAGAGGAUCGCCUUCAGAGCCGAGCUGGCAGGAGAGAGACAGCGGACUGGAGCCACAGGCUACAGCAGAGAGAGCAGGAGAGGAGAUGACCUUGGUUUUACUCAGUCUGAUGGAGCACUACAGGGUCUCACUGGGCCUUACUCCCAACACUGAUAUUACUACAGGAGCUGUAGAGUUGCUCAGACGCUUGAUAACAGAGAGAGAGGAGCUGGUUGGGGAGGUGGACACACUCAGGGAGACCCUCAGAACAGAGAGGUUGGAGUGGCAUCAGUUCCAGUGUGACCUGCAGGUCGCAGUAUCUGUGGCCGAUCGGCUGCGGGUCGAAUCGGAGCAGGCUCUGAGUUUGCUUCAGGAAAGUCAUAGGGCUGUGGAGGAUCAGCUGGCCCAGGCCCUCAGCAGACAGCAGGAGACGGACCAAGAGCUAGAGAGUCUGAAGAAUGAACACAGAAAUGUCUGUCACAAACUAAAUGAACUCACCCUUCAGCAGCAGCAGGAGCGAGCCGAGUUAAAUGCACUGAAGAGCGUCUGCAGGGUGGAAGACAGACUCACAGAUAAAGAGGCUGAAAGACAAGACUCCGGUGAGGGACAGCAGGAGGGAAUACAGACAGUAACGGAGGAAGCUGAAUUGGAGACUGAAAGUAAAGAUGAGACUGAAGCAAAUCAAGAAGGGGAUGCUAAAGGUGAAGCUGCUGAUCCUGAAGAGACAAAUGGACACAUGCAUCUGACAGGGAGAGGGGUGGCAGAAGGAUACCUCCGCAGUCUGGUGUCCCUGGAGAAGAAGAAAGACGAGGGACGUGGACAAAGAGAUCCGAGGAAGAUUGUGAUGCUGGCUGAAAGAUCUUGGAGUCUCUCUCGUCUCCCACUUCCAACUGACUCUUCUAGUCAAAAUGGGUCUUCAAAAAACACAAGCACAACAUUGCCUCUAUGCAAGAAAGAAGAGCCAACAAAAGGGAGAAGAAUGGACCGUAUUUUACAGAGACAGGACAGUUGGUCCAGCUUUUAUGCAGGAAAACAAGAUGAGGAUCAAAGCUCAGAUUCCUUCAAACUUCAGGAUGGUUUCAGUGCUCUGCUGAGGCGUCAUGGUGGCUCCAGAAGAAACUCCCUGCUGCGCUGGUGUCAAAAUCGUACCCAAGGCUAUAAGAACAUUGAGAUCACGAACUUCAGCAGCAGCUGGGAAGAUGGUUUGGCAUUCUGUGCUGUUUAUCACACCUAUUUGCCCACUCACAUCCCCUAUGACAGCCUCAACCCAGAUGAAAAGAAAGAAAACCUGGACCUUGCUUUUAAGACAGGAGAGAGUGUAGGGAUUACAGCCACACUGACGGUGGAAGAGAUGCUGAAAGCUGAUGGACCCGACUGGCAAAGGGUGCUGGGAUACGUUGAAAACAUUUUCCGUCACUUUGAGAUGUGAAGGUGUCCUCCCUCGUCUUGCGCUCCUGCCUGGUUCUUUUUAAUCAAUGUGACUCAGGAGCUGAAGGACUGAGACACUGUUCACCACAGGAUGGAGGUCUGCUUACAAUGAACUCAUCACCCAGUGUGUACUAGAUGUAACAACUUCAUUUUAUGUAUCAGUAAAAUCCCCUUCCCACACAAACAGGUGAUGGCUGACUCCCAGGUGGAAGAAACUAAACAUAGUUUGACUCUUGGAACACUUUUAUUUUUCUACAUACAUAGCAGUUACAUUGGAUCUCAAUAGCUGCCGACUAAAAAUGCACAGGACACAAAUAUGACCGUGUUGUCUCCUCCUUGAUGUCUUCCAGUUUGCCGUCAUGUCUCUGGGUGCUGAUUGCACUGGUUUUGCACUGUUUGCCUCUUAAAAAUUGAGCACUUUAUAAUUAACGUAAAUGAAACCGUGUAGCACAGAAUCUGGAUGACUUUGUCUUGACUAAUUGUUAUUUUUAUCAUGAACUUGUCCUGCCAUGGUACUGUCAUAUGUGCAUGCAUCCAAAACCCCUCAAAAUGAAUAAAGGGAGCAGAUAUGUACCCAGAUUUUAGAUGUCGGAAUAUUGAUAUUUUAACCCGAAACGGUACAGAGUCAAAGGAAAGUUGCCUUUUUAGGAAAUGUAAAUGUGUGUAAUCACUGACGUGUUUUGAAAGAUAGUCAAUAUAUAAAGACUCACUGCAACAAUAAAGUAUGCAUACAGACA